AUGUCAAGGCAAGUACAUCUUCCUCCUCGGUGUCCCGAUCAAAAGAAAACUGUAACUCGCCCAGCCCAUGGUCCAGUUUCCCCAACUUUGUGCAAUAUUGAAUUUUAUCCUGGGGGCCCGAGACACCAUAAAUCAAUAUCGCAAAGUUCUAUUUUUAAGGAGCAGCCAGCAUGGCUUAAUGAUUUGUUGAGUGAUUCGGACUCAGAUUCCAGUGGGAUUUUACACCGACGAUCUGCUAGUGAUUCCUGUACCCUUUUGGAUGGUCUUGUUCCAUUACCAAGUCUAGAUCAACUAGAUGGUUUGAAGACUCCGGAUUCUUGUGAACCGGAAAAUGAAUUUGACUCUGGUUGUGCAUAUGGUCCCAAUUCCCCUCGCAGAAAAGAUAACGUAGCAUUUCCUGAGAAUGCAAUCGUUUCAGCAUUAUCCGAAUAUGUUGUACAAAGUCCUCUGCAGCGUUGGGAUGCCAAGCCAAAUUCAAUAGGUGAUGCCUUCGCUUCAGCUAAUGCGACUAAUACUGAGAGAAAACUGAUGAAAAGACAUCCUGGGCAGCGAUCUAGAGUCCGCAAACUUCAAUAUAUUGCUGAACUGGAAAGAACUGUUGACAUUCUUCAGAAUUUGGAGUCGGAUUUGGCUGUCAGAGUUUCUUCCCUGUAUCAACAAUGUCUUGCUUUAUCAAUGGAAAACAACACACUAAAGCAGCAGGUGGUGAGACUGCAAAGGGAGAGAUUCAACGUGGAAGGUGAGUACCAAUCCCUGAAGAAAGAGCAUGAGAGAUUAAAAAUGUCUUUAGCUUAUUCAUCUACUAGCAAGCUCGACGGCUGGCCGAACUCUGCUGCUGAUUUAGCUUGUUCUGGAGACAUUUGGCAAACAUUAGACAUGGGCAAACUUGAUCUAAACUGA